CCAAGGCCCGGGGGUGGGGGUGGGGGUCAGGCCCUGCUUAGGGCCCGGAAAUGGCGGCUGAGAUCGAAUCGUCGCUGGAGCUGAGCUUCUCGAGUAGCGGGCCCGGGUCGCUGCCUCCCCCGCGCUCCCGUAUCUUCAAGAUCAUCGUCAUUGGGGAUUCGAACGUGGGGAAGACGUGCCUGACGUACCGCUUCUGCGCCGGCCGCUUCCCGGAGCGCACCGAAGCCACCAUCGGGGUGGAUUUCCGCGAGCGCGCAGUCGACAUCUACGGGGAGCGAAUCAAGAUCCAGCUCUGGGAUACAGCGGGGCAGGAACGAUUCAGAAAGAGCAUGGUGCAGCAUUAUUACAGGAAUGUACAUGCAGUUGUAUUUGUAUAUGAUAUGACCAACCUUGCCAGUUUUCACAAUUUACCAUUGUGGAUUGAGGAGUGCAAACAACACUUACUCACAAAUGAUAUACCCCGAAUUUUGGUUGGAAACAAGUGUGAUCUCAGAAGUGCAAUACAGGUGCCUACGGACGUAGCUCAGAAGUUUGCCGACACACAUAGUAUGCCAUUGUUUGAAACUUCUGCCAAAAAUCCUGAUGACAAUGAUCAUGUGGAAGCUAUAUUUAUGACACUGGCUCAUAAGCUCAAGAGCCAUAAGCCACUCAUGCUUAGUCAGCCAUCUGACAACACUGUUCACCUAGAACCUGCAUCAAAACCUGUCAUGACAUGUUGGUGCUAGCUCACAGUAUUUUUUCAGUCAUCACUUCAAUCUGUGUACCAGUAUUUUGAGAAUGUGAUGUUGAUAAAGUUCCAGUUUAGUAGGAAUUAUUUGGGAUCUGCUGGGCACUUUAUUGUUUGUCCUCAUGUAUUGAUGUGUUCCAAUGUUAUAGUUGCACUUUGUAAACUGUAGCAUCUGAAUUAAUGAAGGUUAACAGGGAAUUGCAUUUUCAUAUGAAGAUUGACAUCUCACUAAGUAUAGCUUAUGGGGAGGGGUGUUCUCCAUGAAACAAAGAUAAAUAUGUAUGUUACAUUAAAUCACUGAUGCCUUUAGUGUUCAGUUGGACAAGACUACAAUUCUGUAGAAAUCCAAAGAGUUAUAUGAGUAAUUAUAAUGUAAGUUAUUAGUCUAUGUCCAAUUGGUGUUGUGAAAUAUACACUUCUGUUUCAUGUUUUAAUCAGUACAAUGAGAGAAGGAUUCA